AAUACUCUGGUGCCCGGUUUCCUUUACAAUUAUUUUCCCUUAGGUGCAUAAAAAGUGGAAAGUACCAGAUAUGAUCUGUGAAAAAUGUCAAAACUGUCUGCUAUUGCUAUUUUCAAGGUUUAAUAAGAAUAAUGACAAAUACGGGAAACAAACUUAAUAUGUAAUGGGUUUUAAACACAGGUUUCCUGCCACAAAAUGUAUUUGCGCAAACAACAUUUCAAGAUUUAAUAAUGCAAGCUGUGAGACAGAUUGUUAGACACUACAACAGUAGUCAUGUUAUCAGCCAAUACAGACCACUCUGUUGUAAGAGAAAAGGCAUAAACAUUUUCGAAAAUAAGUUAUACACAGGCAAACAAUGUAAUUCAUGGAAGGACUUGCAUUCACAGAACAUUAUAGGUGCUGGACAUCUAAACAAGUUAAAGACAAAUUUUUUGACGGCAAAUGAUUUCCAGACAUGUUCUUUACGAUCUUUUCAUGAAGACAGGGAAACAAAAGCAGUGACAGUAUGGGGCAGCAUGAAAGAAUUAAAGCGUUCCCCAGUUCCAGCGUUAGUACUUGGAGCCUCUGGAUUAAUCCCUUUUGUAGCAGCUCCUGGGUAUAUGAUCUUCAGUAGUGUGUUUAUGCCAAGUAUAUGUUUUGCUCAAAUGGCUUAUGGAGCAACCAUUUUGUCAUUUCUUGGAGGAGUAAGAUGGGGAUUUUCAAUAUCGGAAGAAAGUGUAUUGAGACCAGGCUGGAUAAGUCUUGGUGUCAGUGUGGUGCCAUCCUUAGUGGCAUGGGGUGGACUUAUGAUGCCACAUCCACUGUCAUUGUUUGUUGUGAUUGGAGGAUUAGCAGGUGCUGGAUAUUAUGACAUGGUGUCUUGGGCUUAUCCCCCUUGGUUCAAAGGAUUACGUUUCAUUCUAACAUUUGUAGCAAUUUUAUCAUUGUGGACUACUUUUAUGUGUAGCUAUUUAUUGAAGAGUGAAUUUAACGAUGUGAAUACUACAGAAUAAAAACAAUGUGAAUUACAA